AUGAUGGACAGCCGCAUCCUGGAGCAUCCUCAUGCCCAGUUCGGGGGGAUGGUGGGCUUCCCUUACCCGCUCGGGCACCACCACGUCUACGAGCUGGCCGGGCACCAGCUGCAGUCGGCGGCCGCCUCCGUGCCCUUCUCCAUCGAUGGAUUACUGAGCGGCUCCUGCGCCGCCUCUGUGGUCAACCCGGCGCCGCUCAUCCCCUCCGGCUGCGGGGUGAGCGGGGACAGCCAGCCCUUCAAGCUCGCAGACUCGGGUGACCCGGACAAGGAAAGUCCUGGCUGUAAAAGAAGACGAACCCGCACCAAUUUUACUGGCUGGCAGCUCGAGGAGCUGGAAAAGGCGUUUAAUGAGAGUCAUUACCCGGACGUGUUUAUGCGAGAGGCUCUGGCUCUCAGGCUAGACUUGGUGGAGUCCAGAGUGCAGGUCUGGUUCCAAAACCGCCGGGCCAAAUGGAGAAAGAAAGAGAACACCAAGAAGGGCCCGGGGCGGCCGGCUCACAACUCGCACCCCACGACGUGCAGCGGGGAGCCCAUGGACCCCGAGGAAAUCGCCCGGAAGGAGCUGGAGAAGAUGGAGAAGAAGAAGAGAAAGCACGAGAAGAAGCUGCUCAAAAGCCAAAGCCGCCACCCGCACUCGCCCAGCGCCCUCUCCCUCCACAGCACGCCCAGCUCCGACAGCGACAGCGGCGGCGGGGGGGGUCUCUCGCCCGCCCCGCCUGAGGCCAAACCCCGCGGGCAGCCCCCGCCGCCCCAUCCGCCGCUCCCCGCCGCCGCMGCCCCCUCCGAGCCGCCCCCCGGCACCUGCGACCAGACGGCCGAGCCCUUCUACCCCAGCCAAAGAAGCGGGAGCGGGCGGCUCCAGCGCCCGCCCGACAAGGACUGCGCGGCCGCCCCGUCGGGGGACGGCAGCGGGGGCGCGGGGGGGCCCCGMGGCGCCGGCAGCUUCCACAAGCUCAACCCGUUCAGCGUGGAGAGCCUCCUCUCCGACUCGCCCCCCCGCCGCAAAGCCGCCCCGGACUUCCCCAGCCUGCCCCCCUGCGCCCCCCGCACCCUCAUCGGCAAAGGACACUUCUUGCUCUACCCCAUCACCCAACCCACAGCCAGGGACAGAUCGGACUGCGGCCCCGCCGAGGGCGAGGAGGUGGACAUGGACUGA